CAUCAUAGCCAAAAAGGAGCGUUGAUUGUAGGCGAUCCCAGUGUCGGAGAGGUGAUGUUCAGAGGAAAGAAACAAAUGUUUGAACGUUUGCCUUCAGCAAAUAGGGAAGUCAGCUUUCUUUCUGCUAUGCUUAGACAGUCGACCACACUGACUGCCGAACAAGCUACCAAAGAUGCGAUUUUAGAAAAACUGAAAGAAGGCUCAGCUGUAAUUCACAUUGCUGCACACGGGAGCUCUGACAAUGGUGAAAUAGCGCUGGCACCAAAUGUCUCGUCAGAAAGACAAGGAAUCCCAGAAGAGGAUGACUACCUGUUGACGAUGAAAGAAGUCCAAGAAAUCGGAAUCAAAGCUCAACUUGUUGUGCUAAGCUGUUGUUACAGUGGUCGUGGUAAGAUCAGGGCUGAGGGCAUGAUUGGACUUAGUCGUGCUUUCCUUGCGGCCGGAGCUCGUUCUGUCGUAGCGUCAUUGUGGGCAAUCGACGACGUAAUAACUUUGUGUUUCAUGCUGAAGUUUUACAGUUAUCUGACUCGUGGUGAAAGUGCGAUUGUAAGCCUUCAUAAAGCCAUGCUAGAUAUCCGAGCAGAGGAAGGCCAAAGGGAUCCCAAGUACAGAGAUCCCAAGUACUGGGCUCCUUUCUUCCUGAUCGGUGAUGACGUCACACUCAAUUUGUAAGUAAAAAGUAUCUUUCAUCGCAGAUUUAUGUCAACAAAUGAAUAUGAAACUGAAAAACCCAAAUCAGUAUUGAUUCAACACGAACAUCAACACGAACAGUGACAGUGUGCUUUCGGCAUGUCUCUCCAGGGCCGGUUGUUUUGUUAUUACUGUCGCUUGUAAAUAUGUAAAUGACGUUAUUUCUGCUCAAUUAAUCAGAUUUUUGCAGUUUGAGUUCUUGCGUGAUAAACCAUAGUUAAUGUUAACUAUUAUUAUAAAACUUAUCAAUAAUGCAUGAGCUAUUACUCCAAUAAGG